AAUCACGUACUGACAGUGUUGAAACAGAAGGUGGCGACAGUGCAUCCUGCGCCCACCAACCAACACCAACAGCUCACAGCAGCAGGCCUGAUGACAGCAGCUGUAGCAACGACCCCUGACUGUUGGUUACACCUACAGUCAUUAACGUUACAACAAUAUCCACAGCAAAGUGUCUAAUGCCCGAGUUUUUACCGUUCAGUCAACCCUUUUCAGCCGCUUGAAUAAGGGCUUGUCAAAUAGGCGGCGCUGACCUUGUGAGGGUGGUGCCAGAUGGAUCAUGGGGGUCAGCUUGAGAGGGAGGGCAGAGUAAUGUCACAAGUUCAGGUGGGCGGGGUGGACCUCUGUGAUAACCUUCCCAACCCUGAAGUUCUCACUGCCCAAACUCGCAAUCUCAACCAGACAAACACGCUCACAGAGAUUCAAAGUCUCUGUCCUUCACAAAAUGAAGAGGGAGGAGGGAUCAUCCAAAAAGCCCCAGUCAACAACCAUGGGAAGGACAUCGAGAAGGAGCAUGGAAGAGGCAGAGAGGAGGAUGAGGAAGAAGACAUUGAUGAGGUGAUGAAGGAAGAAGAAGAAGAGGAGGAAGAGUCAGAGGAAUCAAGCUGUCUAAUUCGCUGCCAGUCUCCAGACACUCCCAUGACUGAUUCCUCCUAUUCAGAAACCGGCAGUCUGUUGGACACUCCGUAUGCUUUCAGCCCUGGGACCAGUCCAGAGCCUACAUCUCCUGUCAUUCCGGUGGUCAGUCCGGAAACAGCAUAUCCCACCAGUCAAGUGGAAUUGAGCCAAAGUGACGUCAAAGUGGACUCUCAUAAUACUAAAUCAGUUGCUUCCACCACAGGGUCCAUUACACUGGGACCCCCCUUCACCACAGGGCCUAUAGAUUCUACUGCACCUGCUAUAACCUCAGACACCAGGCCUACCAGCCCACCUGGGCCUACAUGUAUAACAGAAGCUACAGACAGGAUAGCAAAAAAUACCAACUUCACUACAGAUCAUGUAACCUCCUCCACAGAGCCCGUCUUCAACCAGGGGCCCACAAGAGCCAGAGGCUUUGCCAGCUCAACUGCAGAGACAUUUACAGUAACUGCUUGCACCACACGGCUUAACACUUCUGUUGCUUCCACCCAUAUUAGUGCAACAGGACCAAUAACGUCAAAUUGGGAACACCUUACCUCCACACCAGUGCCCACUUGUUUCUCAGUCUCCAGCUGUGCCACAGGGCAUAUUCCAAGCCCUACCCUGCUGGAGUCUCUGGAGGAGUUGGCACAAAGAGGAGAUGACACUCACCUACCACAGUACCUUCACCAGAUUGCCGAGGCCUUUGUCCUUCACGAAGACUACCAGCGGGCAUUAUGGUGCAUCCAACUAGAGAGACUCUAUCACCAGAGAGUAUUGGACAACCUGAAUGCACUACAAGAACAGUGGGAAAGUCAGUGUAGAGGUUCUUUCUCAGACCUGGCAACCCAACAUCUGGACAUUCUUAAAAACAUCUGCGAAACGCACAGUCGACCAGGAGCUAGAGAUGCUGUGUGUGCAUCUCUGGACCUUUUGAGGCCUGCAUUUGAAGAAGGUGGCACACUGCCUUCAUGUACCUCAGCCCAUCAGGAUGACAAAGGGAUAGAGCAGAGAGCCGGUGACUCCUCCUGUUCUCAAAACAGCCAUUCCUUUAAUUUGACUGAAUUUGUCAAUUCCCCUGAGAUCUCCAAAAAGGACAAGGAAGACCCAAACUGGGAAGUAGAGGGGAAGGACUGUUUCUAUGGAGAUCAGCUGACUGACAAGCAAGGCAGUGACAAAGAGGGAGGAGAAGCAGAAGGAGUGGAAGGAUACACCAUUUCAGUCAUAGGAAAUGGACUGCACCCCUCUACAGCUGGAGAAAUGGAUCAGCCCAAGCCUGCAGAGCAGCAGGGAGGAGAUUUAGGUCCUGCACAGGAAAAGGAGGCAAAAAGAGGCGAAGAGGAGAGGGACGUGGCGGAGGCAGCUGAGACUUUGGAGAUGCAAGAUGAGGGAGAUGGAGAAGAGGAGGAGAAGGAAAGAGACUCUCCUCUAUGUCGGAAAACUCUCCUAGUGGAGACUCUGGUCAGUAGGGCAAAGGUGGAGGUACAACAGUUGCACCAGGAAGCCCUAGCUGAGGAGAAGCUACAUGAAGAGACCCAGGAGUGUGCUAAAACCUGCCUCCACCAGGAGGCCUGCCUUCCUCAGGAGGCUCACAUGAAGCAGCAGGAGCAGGUGGAAGAGGGGAAGGAGGAGGAAGAAGAGGAGGAGGAGGAGGAAGAAGAGGAGGAUGAGUACGAAGUUGAGCAAGUUGACAUCAUUAGAGAAGCUGCCUCACUGGACGACAUGGCUAAACUCAUCACUGUAACGGAGAUGUCUCCUGCCUCUGGCCUGGUUUCCAUAUUGAAGAAGCGGCGAGUUUGUGUGGACAACAUGAGUGUGUCUGCCAGCUCAGAGCCCCGAGACGACAACAUCCCUGCCAAAAGACGCGUCCACUUCAAAGUCCCUGAAGAUGGCUAUGAGCAUGAUGUUGGCGGUGGAGACUCCUGCCUGCUUCUCAUCCUGCUGUGUCUGGUUACCGUAGUGAUCAGUGUGGGUGGCACUGCCCUUUACUGUGCUCUGGGCGAUGCCCACUCCUCAGUCUGUCAGGACUUCUCCAGAAAUGCAGACUUCUACAUGGGCCAGAUACAGCACGGGAUAGCUCAGAUCCAACAUUGGUUUGCCCCCCGGUCAUAGCAGUAAAGAGUUUGUCAACAUUGUGGAGCCACUGGCCUUACUGUUUAUCACUGUGGGCUCCAGCAGCCCCUGCUUCUUCCUGGGACAAUGUUUUCUGAGGUAAUGGUACCAGGUAGCUGCUCAAUCCCUGCCAAUGUGGAGCAAGUGGCUAUUAUGCUGCCUAAUUGGCUAAAUGAUUAUAUCAGAUGCAGUUGGUAUUUGUAAGCCUGCUCUACUGCAUUUUUAAUGCUCUUUGAAUACAAUCUUUAGGGUUCAUUGAGCCUAAAAGUCAUAGGUCAGAUGUCCCUUUACAACAGUAGUUUGAAAGGGUAAGUAGAGCGAAGAGAGAAAGAGGAUAGAAUGGAGACUGCUUAACAGUAGAGCAAGAACUGACCUACACCCAUCUCAACUCUGCCCAGAUUAAAGGUUAUAACAUUUUAAGCUAAAUUUAGAAAGUGUCAUAAUGAACUAGUUGAGAGCCGCGCCACACAUUCACUGUCAACCAGUGAUAGUUUUAAAAGCCCCCGGUAGAUGAAUCAACCAUGACUGGAAACUAACUUUCACUGACUUCUCCAAUACUCGACUCCUUCUGUUAAGAAUAAGAACAAAGUAAUAACAGCUGCAACUCACAGAGAUGUAAAAAAGUAUGUAUAAUGUAUAGUUUGUUAACUAGGGGGCACAGAGAUGCUCUCUAAACACACACUGCACAAAGGGGAAGUGGCCCAGUGGGCAUUCACUGCUGCAACCACUAGUGUUGCUUUUAUUGUUGACUUUUUAAAAAUCGCAAAUGAAAUUUUAAAAACGAACAUACCAUUCUUUGUUCUACUACUUGGAAUGAAAUCAUUAUGUCUUAAUCAACCUUUGAAUGAACAUUUGGAGUUUAAUGUUAAACUUUGCUUUGUGUCACCUCUGGGGCAUUUAUGUAUCAUUCACAUUUGACACGAGUGUCCUGUCGCUGCCCUUUUCUGUACAACUUUUUGCAGUGAGCUGACAUGGCAGCCACUGGAGACUAAAAAUCCAAACUAUCCGUUAAUGGGUUUUAACGAGCUAGAUUAAGCUUUGUGUAGCAUAUGCAACAUGGACAGGAAAACAGUGCACCUCUGUAUAUAUUGUCAGAAGAAUGUUUAACAUGUUGCACAUAAGACUGGUACGAUUUUUUUUAAGAUAUUGCAAUAUUUCUACAGGAACUGUUGUGUUGGUCCUGGACUAAAUGCAAGGCUGUACAUGAUUUGAUCAGAAACAAAAAAAUCCAUUUCCACAAACGGUUUCAGGUUCAGUAUGAAAAGUUCAUGCCAGUGAACAACAGUUAUGCACAGAUAACAGAACAGAAAAUACUCAACUUAAGCGGGUCUGGCUAGGUAUGGAAUAUUUCUGGA